GACCGGUUUUACUCACACUAUAAUUUUUCAUUUCACAAUUUUCACUGAACAAUGGCCAAUAUUGCAAAAGUUCUUAAGACUCAGCAAGCUUUAGAAACCAAACUUUUACUAAGGAUGAACGAGCUGGAGGGUAAAUGGAAUUCUACUCCACAAUCCAAGGAUGAUGGUUCUCUUACUCAACUAAGACAGGAGUUCCGUGACUUCAAAUCUGAGGUAUGGGCUGUGUUGAUGUUACUGCGAGACCAGGUAUCACAGCUUCUCAAACCCAUCGAUGACAUAGAAAUGAGGCAUCGCAAGAAAUAUCUCCUAGUUGGCGGCAUACCAGAGACUAUUGAAGAUCUUAACAAAUUCAUCAUAUGUCUACUGAAUAGCAAGAUGGACUUGGAUCUGACCUCAUUUAAUUAAGUGUUUGUCAUCGUCUCGGCAGUGCAUCAGUAGAGGGGAAAUGUCGCCCUGUGUUGUUGCGUUUUACCGAUAUUUCUAUCAAAUCUACUGUUUGCAGUAAGAAGACAGCACUCAAGGGUACUCCGCAUACAUUGUCCGAGUUCCUAACACGUCAACGUCAAGCACUUUUCAUUCGGGCUCGCAAACGUUUUGGGAUCAAGAGAUGCUGGUCAAUCGAGGGGAAAAUAUUUAGUAAUAGGAAAGUGCAUCGCAGGCGCAGCAGUCAGCAACUGGGGUUGGGUCACCAACAGCAAUGCUCUCCCCAGAGUCUCGUUCUAAGCCAAAGCGAGCAGCCAGGGCGAGAAAGU